AGUACCUCUCUUCCCUCCAUCCUCAUCUCACCACCUCUCCCUGGAGGCCAGCUGAAAAGAAAGAUGGCGGCGUGGUUGCAGGCGUUCCUCUCCUUCGGCGUGAUAACAACCAAUGCUGCCGUCGCCACAACCUCAGGAGAGGCGUCUCCGGUAGCAGAGCUGAGUCUGUCCCUCUCUUCCAUAACAGACUUCCCUCAAAUCAAACUCUAUACCAGCCAGACCCACCUCAGUGAUAAAAUCAACUUCGAAACAAAUACUCACGACAAAACAGCAAAACAAUACCACAAUGACAAAAUUCACACCGAUUACUACCAAGACAAUGAUACCUUCGAAGUCACCGUCUUGCCCACUUCCACCAUCUUGUGGAAGAAAGUGAAGAAAGCGAAGCCAGGGGGCGGCGCCAAUCUAACUGACGAUGGUGACGUAGAGGACGAGUUUGGAGUCGGGAUGCCAGUUGCGGCUGCUUUGCAAACAAGUGGUAAUGGCCGCACUCGAGAUGACGGGACCUACAUCGUUGACGAUGAUGAGGGCACCGCGUGUGUAAUGGCGUACUUCAAAUGUCAGGCCACAAUCUACUACCCUGACACCAAAGGAACUUACCAAAAAAAAGUGGUCUCCCCAGAAGAUGAUUCAGAAGUCUACGGGAGCUGCGACAGGGUGGGACAGGUCUCAGAAGUGAGCGUCAAAUGGUCCUCCAUCAUCCUGACGCUCCGUUUCGGCCUAGACGACCUCACUGAUUCCUGGUUUGUGUCGCGGUUCAGUCUGACUUACGACCUGUCUGCCUCCAUGUUUCCUGACAGCGCUGGCUCUUCAACCAUCACGGUGGCAAGCAAAGAUGGCCGCAAGUUCUGGCAGACAAACAACGAAUACUCCUUCCGGUGUCUACUUCUCCACGACAUCAGCCUCUUGGACAUCAACAACAACACGGCAACACUGCACUUUGACGAGGUCCGAGUGCAGGCUUUCUGCGACGAAGCUUUCUUCAGGAGACCUAAGCACUGCAUUCACCGUGUCCACCGCGACGAGAUGGUGCCAGUGACAGUCGGUGCCACACUGGCAGGUUCUACCUUGCUCACCGUGAUCGUUUACGGCAUCUUCAGGUACUUCAAGAUCAAGAAAGUCCAGUACGACACGAUGGCAUGAAGUGCAAGUAACUACAGCUGUAACUUAUUAUUAUUAUUUUGAAUUUUGGGGAAGUUCGAUUCAAAGUUGAGUCGUUGUAUCUCUUUGGAGAUAUUUUUCUUUCGUUUUUUUGCAAAGGGUCGGGAUGGCAGGACUUGGAAAUCUACUUAAGAAAAAAAAAUGUCAGCUUAAAUAGCCGGAUGCCAGAACUUGGAAAUCUGAUUGAGAAAAAAAAAAAUUGUCAGCUUAAAUAGCGCAUAAAAAAAUCAGGAAAAAGCUGCGGUUCAUAUUCAAUAUUCAGGCUCCAUUUUUGGGAUAUUUAGAAGAUCAUAUACGUAAAAGAAGCAAUUGCGCUAGAAGUGUGUGGAUAAACGAUAAUUUAAUUCGAAUAAUUCUCAGUUGCCUGAGCAUCUGUUCUUAAGAACUUACGAAAUGGGUAAAUAAAGAAACUGAUUGCUAUGUAAGAAAUUAAUUUAAAAAAGAACAUAAAUACGAUAAAGUACACAGAACAGUAUUAGUUUUAUGACUCAAACUUCAAUAAUGAUUAUUAUACCACAGAAAAGCAGAAAAAAUAAAAAAAAGUAUAAUUAAAAGAAAAUGUCAUGGCUAUAAUAGAUAAACAAAUACAGAAUAAAAUAAUAAAAACUCCCAAUGGAAUAGGUGUAAAUAACAGUCUCAAGUAAAAAAAAAAUGAAAUCUAUCACAGGUAUAAAUAAUUAACUGAACAGAAAACAAAGCAAAUACUCAUAUAAAAGCAGGAAAACCAUAAGUAGAUAAACAGAGCUAAUAAAAGCUUCAGUGCAAGAUACAGAACAUCCCAGUCCUCUUAAACAGACAAAUUUUAGACCUCACAGAAGAUUUUGUCAAGUCUGUUUGGAAAAUAUUAAUUUCUUUUCAAAUAGGGAGGCCGACGGCAAAGGCAACCUAAUGCGCCUAUCCAGACCCAGCCUGAAGUGAAAGAAGGAAUAAUUUAAAUGAUUGAAUAGUUAUCAAAAAGUGUGGGGGAGAAAAAAAAAUAAUAAAGAGGGUCUUAAUACUGAAGCUGAGAGACUGGCCUCUUUUGGGGGAAUGUUAUUGGUUAUUGAUUAAUUCUUUUUUUUUUUGCACUGAUUACCGGGGGAUGAAUACUUGUUCCUAAGCCAGGUAAUGUUGAAAUAAGAAGAAGUUAACACGCAGCGUUGAGUAACUUCAAAUGUAAUGUGAUUUUUUUUAAAUAUUACGUAGUGGCUGAAACCCUAAAUGAAAGAAUUUAGUGAUGAAUUACAUUACAUUUAUUUUGUAAUGCAAUGGACGCAUAACGUAAAGAAAGGAAAGCUGAUACAAGAAAAAAAAAGUCACUCAAAAAAAGUUGGAAUUAGAAGCCACUCGUAGCUCACUAAACAGAAAAAGCGCCAACUCUCUAGAAUCUAAAAUGCAUAAACUCCAACAAAACAGAAAAGAAAAAACUAAACAGAAAAGGCUAAAGAGCUAACGAAGUAGCGUCAAAUCAGACUGAAAUGUAAAUACAUAGAAGUAUAUAGAUGAAUUUUAGUCAUAGAAAUAAAAGCACUUGUUAGGAACUUUCUGCACGACUUAGAUUAAAUUUACAAAGCAGAUCAAGCAAUAGAACGCAAAAGUAUUGAAAGCAAUAAUCACACUAAAGCCUAGUACACACAGUUUAUAUUAUGUAUUAAUAAUAUAAUUGGGUUUUCAUUUGACUACGCAUAUCUUAGCACAUAUCACCAAAAUAUUAAAAAGAAAUUGGGUCCUUUAUUUAAAGGUUCAGUACAAAUCGACAGGAGGAAAAAAAGUCAUAUCACUCGUAUAUCAUUUUUUUCUAGCUUAAUUGUGUGAUGCUAAUCUGAAAGGUAUCGGCAUUGUGUCUUUUCCUAUCGUGGGCAAAUUAGGACAGAGAGCGUAUGCUCCUAUCUGUUCCUAUCUGUCCGUCGGAAAGUUUUCGAAAUCAAAGACUACGCUAAAAAAUUUUUUCGAAUCCAACGACUCUACGAUAAAAAGUUUUCGAAGUCAGAGACACUACACUAAGUCGUUUUCGAAAUCGAAGACUCUAUGGUAAAAUGUUUUCGAAAUAAAAAAAAUCUACGCUAAAACGUUUUCGAAAUCGAAGACUCUAAGGCAGAAUGUUUUCGAAAUUAAAGAAUCUACGCUAAAACGUUUUCGAAAUCGAAGAAUCUAAGGUAGAAUGUUUUCGAAAUCAACCACUCUACACUAAAACGCUUUCGAAAUCGAAGACUCUAUGGUAGAAUGCGUUCGAAAUUAAAGAAUCUACACUACAACGUUUUCGAAAUCAAAGACUAAGCGUUUUCAAAAUCAAAGAGUCGACACUAGGACGUUUUCGAAAUCAGACUACGGCAUAAGGCGCCAGUUAAACCCCCCAGCUGAACUUGUAUCUUGGCUAAAGUACAACUAUUGAAGUGCCCCCUGUGUCAUUGUUUAAAUGAAACCUCCUACGUCACUUCAGGAAAAUUAAUACUGAAAAGGAAAAGUAAUUAUUAUCAGCUGUAGCGCAUUAUCAAUCAUUUGACAGUCAGCUGGCAAAUUUCGAUCGACUACUUAUAUUUUAGUCCAAUAACUGACUUAUUUUAGCAAUUAGAAACUCGUAUUGUUGUAUAUAUAAAUGAGUCUACAUUUCCCUUAUUCAGCUGUCGGAGUUAAAAUUGCUAAAGCUGACCGGUUAAUCGAUAAGAAACUGGGGUGUCAUUUUUUCGACUACAAAUAAAACUAGAGGUUAGCCUUUUUACCUGCUAAGAACUAACAAUAAAAUAUGCAACAAAGAAAGAAUUUGCCUCGGAAAGGAAAGAAAUUACCGAUAUCUUAGCCGAUGUAGCAUCACUUCGGGGUCAGUUUGAAUCAAUGAUUUCAAGCAGGAAUUCAGGAAAGACUUGGAGCAAUAAAAUAAAUAAAUAAACAAACAAACAGCGCCAGGAGAUGCAUGAUUAGCAUAAGAAUGAAAUAGCAAUAAUAGAUGAUAUGCUAGAAAAACAAUAUUUGAUAAAAUCUCUAGGAGUUUUCAUACUUAACUUUAGCCAGUAAUUUACUGAUUAUUAGCUGUUCCAUUCAUAAAUUAGUUAGCAAGUGGAGAUUAGCUUGAGAGCUCUCGUAAAAUUAAGAAUUACAGAAUAAAUUCUGGAUGGACGAAGCGAAUUAGUUAUCGAAGGAUAACCUGAAAACAUAAGUUUGUUUAUUUGGGCUAUCGUGAAAAUAUGAUGGGAAUAGGAAAGAAAAAUAGUAUAAUUUAGUUACAGAAAUGAACGAAAUCAACAGCUAACAAUUUUGAGGAGAAAAAAUUUAUUCUGAGGCGUGAUUUUAUCAAUCCAAAAUACCAUGAAACUUGAGUGUCGAAGUUCAGGUUAGCUAAUUUUGCAGCCUAAUUUUGUAGCUGCAAUUCCUUGCUCAAAUGAAAAGAAGAGCAACAUCUUUGUUUACAUUCCAGGAAACAUGGAUAAUACUCCUAUGGAUAAUAUUCCAAUGUCGGUCAUUAUUCAUGAUACCAAAAGUAAAACUGAUUUGCCUUAAUAGUUUUAGCAAAGGCAGACUUCAAAAUCACGAAUGUUUUUUGUUUUCGUUAGAACAAACAAGCAAGCAUGAAAGCACUCGCUUUAUAUAUCAGCAUGCAACUUGUACAUAGGCAUUGCCAAAGAACCAUCCUAUAAUGGAAUUUGAAGAUUAAUUACGGAAGAUUGCAUGCAAUUUAUUGAAUUGUCAGUAAUAAAGAAAAAUAAUGAAACAUAUGGGAUGGGUAAUUUAAUACCCAUAUUUAGCCCAAAGUUGAUUAUAACGAGAAAAGUCAAUCCAGUUUAGUACCAAUGCAUAAUCUUUUUAUAUGCAAUAUGUGUCUUUGCAAAUAAAACGCAUCCUGUCUAAAAUCCAAAAUUUUAUUGUAUGUUGAAUAGGAAACCAGUUGCCUGUUAAGACGAUGUUGUUUAUUAAAGGAUAAUGUAGCAAUAGGCUGAGUUUAGGUUUGAUAAAUAAUAAUAAUAAAAAAAAUUACUUGUAUAGAAAAGUAAGCGUUAAAUGAAUGGCUUUUUCAUGGGACCACAAAGCCGUUUCCAUGUUAGGCGUUCUCUUGUUGACAAAAAAGCAAAAUAAAUAAACAUUAUUAAGUUGUUUUGUGUGUUCAUCGUGUUGUAAAUGGUGUCAAGAUUUGUGAGUGUUGUCAAACCACAAGAAAGAGUUCUUUUUGGACACAGGCAAAAGGCAGUUGAUAGCAUUAGUGUGAGUCUCUUAAGGACUCAGUUUCAGUGAAACAUGUUUUAACUGGCUUAGGCAGAACUAUUUUCUUUCUAUCAACUUAGAAAAGUGCUAAGUGAAACAUGUUAGCAAAUCAAGGCAAAGUCUUGGCAUUCACUUAGUUUAUAAUUACUUACAGAUAGGCCAAAUCAUGUCUUAACCUAGUUUUUAUUUUUUAACACGUUUAAGACAUUUGGUGCCUAUCUGUAAAAAGUGAAGUAUGUCUGAUAUGAUACUUACUUUUUACUCCACGUCUUAUUUUCGCUGCAAAUUUUGAUCCUUCUUCAAACUGCUCUGGAGGAAGUGUCAACGCAGUAUUUGAUUUGUCUAUGAACGUUGAAUUUGACAGCUUUUUUUGUGUGUUUAUCAUCUGAAUUAAGAUACAAACCACUCCCCAGUAUGGUGUCAGGCAGUCAAGCCAGCAGUCAUUACUUAGUGUCGAUUGAAACUUGUAUCAUACCUGUAUCAUUUGAAAAGGGAGAGGUUUGUGUCUGUGUCUGUGUUUAAUGUCAUGGAGUAAAAAAAAAAUAUAUUUCGUUGUAACUUAAUUCUAAAACAACUUCCCAAUUGAAUCUUCCAUCACUGUAAGUGCGAUUUUCAGAUACAUAAAAAAAUAAUCGUUAGUAUUCUGUCUAACUUCAUCUUGUUACGCCAGUUUUAUAGAUUUAUAUAUACAGUAUAUAUAUGUAUAGACAUUAUACACAUAUCUAUCGUAUAUUUAACGCAAAAUAUUUAGAGUAAAAAGAGAAAGUGUCCUAAUUUUAAGCCUCAAUGCAGUGCCUAAACAGAACCGUGAAACAAGUCUUCCAUGAUUCCAUGAGGUGCCGCUUCGCAACCUUGUGAUAAUCCCUUAAGUGUGAAUAGGAUUAAAAACACCUGUGUAUAUAUAACUAUUUGUGACAGUUCAGAUAUUAUCAUAGAGCACAAGGACUCGUACACACUCCCGUUCUAGUCUUUGUUAGUUUUUUUUUUUUGCUGUAGAAUUAUUCACCUUCUGGAAACUACAACCAGGUUGUUUGACAUUAUUUAGACUGAAUUAUUUAGACAAAUUCAUUUGGUUCCUGUUAUGAGAUUAAAUUUCUUCCCGUCUUCCUUUUCAUGAACUUAUUUCAUUGUUGUUCAUUACUGAACCAUUCCUGAAUUCAGUCAUGUUCAUCAAUAUUAAUCCUUCACAAUUCUUUUGAACAUAUAUAGCAGCCAAGUGACUUACAAUUACUAUUUUUAUCUGGAUAUUAUGACACAUUUAACCUGACAAGCACGUUAAUAUUUUCAAUCAUAACAAUUGUGAAUAACCACGUUCUGGAAAGCAAGUGUAAUUACAGUGAAAAAAAAUAAACACUACUAACGAAACUGCAAAUUAAACUUUCUAACAUAUAAGAUGUUAUGAUUAUUUUGUGUAAUUAUCAUUGUAAUAAGGGCUUUGUAAAUACAUAACAUAUUUCCAAAAACAAAAUCAGCUGAUGUAAGUCGAGAUUUAUUAUUGUACUAUUAAAUUUUCUGGUCACAGCUAAAUAGACGUUGUUUAUCUGUAAUAAGACUACAAUUUCUGGCUCUCGACAGUGAACGUGCAUGUUGUUACAGUGAAACAUUGUACAGUGAAAACAUCGUCAUCACAAUCAUCAUUCGACCAGAAGAAUGCUCGUUCAGUAAUCUUGAUCUAUCUUUAAGUUAUGUCUAAAUUUACAUUACCUAAAUGUAAAGAGAGCACACAAAUUGAAAGUCUGGUGACUGCAAAGUCUAAACCUAAGUUUAAUCUAAUUUAUUUCAUUUGGAAUAAGAUAUAUUUUGCCGGAAAUUUAACGAUAUAGUAAACUAUCAAGUUUUCUAGAUGAAAAAUGAAUUUAGUACAUUAGAUUUUUGUGACAUAAUUUUAGUUAUUUUCAUCUUAAAGGAAAAUCUGCUUGGGGCAUGAACAGCAUACCCUGCAAAUUCAAUACUUUUGUCAAGCAAGCUUUAGAUUAUAAUAUUAUGAUAAUCACUUGUUUUAAAACAUAAAAAAAGCAAAACAGUUCACAACAGCGUUCAAGGUCACUCAAAGAGCUUUCUUCAGAAAGAUGACAGAUGACAAAUGUAAAGAAAAUUUCAUAACUUUCUUAAGAUGAAUUUUGUAAAUUUAAUGCAUUGUAUCUUCCUGUAUUAUGUCUUCCUAAAUACAGUGUGCAUAUCAUAUGAUGUAUUUGUUGUAGACAUUUGUUAAAAAUGUUGAUUAAAAUACGUUGCUGGCUAAGGGUCAGUGCGAAUGCCCAGUUCUUUGGCAGUUCAACACUCAUUAUUUUUUUUAUACUUUUCAGUUUUCAUGUUUAUCAUUGUACUGAAGUUUGUUGGCAUAAAAAAAACAUGUUUAUAUUUACUAUUCCUUUCAGUGUCAUGUUUUAUUUCUGAUGCGAAAUUUGAUAGGCAGACGUACAAACACACAUAUAUAUACGUAUAUAUAUGUGUGUGUAUCUACUAUACACAUACAUACAUAGAUAUACAUUUUUAUGUGUAUACACAAAUAUAUAUGUAUGUGUAUAUAUAUAUAUAUAUAUAUAUAUAUAUUAUUGUAGUAUAUAUAUUUAUAUAUAUAUCUAAAAUGUUCCGCGGUAAAAUAUCAUUAGUUUUUUUCCUUAUCAGUAAAAUAUAGAAUUUUACUUUGCCUUCACUACCUAAAGUCAUAUUGAAAAUACCAAACAAAAUUUAGUAAAUUAAACAGGCACACUUUUAACUAACGGUACGUGUAACACGUACCUUCAAUUUAAAGUGUACCUGUCUAAUUAACUGAGUUUUGUUUGUUAUUUUGUCCCUUUUAUUAUUAAAAUAACAAUCAUUUACAGUUACCAAAAUUUACAAAGUAUAAAUAAUAGUCCCUCCCAACUUUUUACCGUCCCCCAAUUCUCAUUAACCACAUCAUAUGUCUGAUUCUGAAAUAAAAAUUAAACAUUUCAAAAAAUAGGAUCAGACCCGUGAAUAAUAUACAUCCGACAUCAAUAGAAAACGGGGAUUUGUUACCUAGGCUAAACAUGUCACUUAACAUUUAGCAAAUGAGACGAAAACCAAUUUAAAACACAUUUGGUACUUACCUGUCCGCCAUGAAUCCUUCUCAGAGAUCCGUGGAACAGACGCAUCUGUGAAAAAGAGAGUAAUAACAUCUUUACAAAUAAUUAUGUAUUUAUCUAAUUUAAUCAAGCAAAUAUUACAUUUACAGUUUUCAUGUGAUUCUCCCUUUGGUUCCUUUCAAUGUGUAAAUUUUUCUUAGAAGAAUCCAAUUCACAGCAAUAAAAAGUUAUGGGAAAAAAAACCUUAGAAAUUGUGUAAUUAUGAUUUAGUUCUGAGUGCUUGCUACUGCAAUAAAUAGUGAUAG